ACUGAGAGCUGAAAUGGCGCAGCAACAUCAGCUACCCCAAGGACAGCUCUGCUGUUCCAUCUGCAUGGAUCUCCUGAAGGAUCCAGUUUCUAUUCCCUGUGGACACAACUACUGUAGGACCUGUAUUCAAAGGUUCUGGGAUGUAGAAGAUCAGAAGAUAGUCCCCAGCUGUCCUCAGUGCAGACAGACCUUCAUACCGAGGCCUGUCCUGGGGAAAAACACCAUGUUAGCAGAUUUAGUGGAGGAGCUGAAGAAGACUGGACUCCAAGCUGCUCCUGCUGAUCCCUGCUAUGCCGGACCUGAAGAUGUGACCUGUGAUUUGUGCACUGGGAGAAAACUGAAAGCCCUCAAGUCCUGUCUGGUGUGUUUGGCCUCUUAUUGUGAGAAACACCUCCAGCCUCACUAUGAUGCAGCUCCUUUAAAGAGACACAAGCUGGUCGAACCCUCCAAGAAGCUUCAGGAGAACAUCUGCUCUGCUCAUGAUGAGGUGAUGAAGAUGUUCUGCUGUACUGAUCAGCAGUGUAUCUGUUAUCUCUGCUCUGUGGAUCAUCAUAAAGACCACGACACAGUGUCAGCUGUAGCAGAAAGGACCGAGAGACAGAGAGAGCUGGAGGGGAGCCGACAACAAAUCCAGCAGAGGAUCCAGGUCAGAGACAAAGAGGUGAAGGUGCUUCAGCAGGAGGAGGAAGCCAUCAAUCAGUCUGCUGAUAAAGCAGUGGAGGACAGUCAGGAGACCUUCAGUCAGAUGAUCCGUCUGAUUGAGAAGAGAAGCUCUGAUGUGAAGCACAGAUCUGAAGUGAGUCGAGUCAAAGAGCUUCAGGAGAAGCUGGAGCAGGAGAUCACUGAUCUGAGGAGCAAAGAUGCUGAUCUGGAUCAGCUCUCACACACACAGGAUCACAUCCAGUUUCUACAAAAUUACCCCUCAGUGCCACGUCUCAGUCAGUCUACAGACUCGUCCAGCAUCAGAAUCCGUCCUCUGAAGCACUUUGAGGACGUGACGGCGGCCGUGUCAAAGGUCAGAGAGGAACUACACAACAUUCUGAGUGAUGAAUGGAUGAACAUCUCACAGACCAUCACUGAAGUGGACGUUUUACUGUCAGAACCAGAACCAAAGACCAGAACUGAAUUCUUAAAAUAUUCACGUAAAAUCACACUGGAUCCAAAUUCAGCAAACAGACGUCUGAUUUUAUCUGAAGGAAACAGAAAAGCAACAAAAGUGAAUCAGGAUCAGUUUUAUUCUGAUCAUCCAGACAGAUUAACUGGAUGUUCUCAGGUCCUGAGUGCAGAGAGUCUGACUGGACGUUGUUACUGGGAGGUGAAGUGGAGCGGAGACGUUUCUGUAUCAGUCACAUACAAGAACAAUAAGAGAACAGGGAGCAGAGAGGAAUGUAGAUUUGGACUCAAUGACAAGUCUUGGGCUUUAGAUUGUUACUCGUGUGAGUUUUCCUUCCUUCAUAACAAUAUCAGAUCUCUAGUCCCUGGUCCUCGGUCGUCCACAGUUGGAGUGCAUCUGGAUCAGCGUGCAGGUGUUCUGUCCUUCUACAGUGUCUCUGACACCAUGACUCUCCUCCACAGAGUCCAGACCACGUUCACUCAGCCGCUACAUGCUGGACUUUGUUUUUUUUAUUUUGAAUCUUCUGCUGAGAUCUUUGAGCUCAAAUAGACUGAGAUCAUGUCACAUUAGAUUCUGUAUUUAUUAUUUCAGUAUUUUCUCUUUCAGAGAUGAUCUGUUUCUUCAUGUGUUUUUUGAGGACGUCUGUAUCAGGGAAAAGCUGAUCACAUUAUAUUGAGCUUUAAGCCCCGGUCACACGGCACUAACAAAGGACAACGAAGCCCAAACGAAACAAGAAAUCUGGACUUUUUUUGACUUUCUGAGGCAUCAUUUAAUCUUUGUUCCUGCAGCUGGUGCUUCGUC